AUCGCUUUCCCUUCUUCCCUUCCUCUCACGCGUCUCGCUUUUCCCGUUCUUCCUUUCUUUCUUUCCCAUACCCCGGCGUCCCCGUCGUCUUCUCCAUCUUUUCUUCUUCUCCUCUUCUUAUCUCUUCCAUCCGUCUGUUCUACCCUCCAUCAUCCAUCCUCCUCCCCUCCUCUCUCCUCUUUGCUUUCCCUUCCCUUGUGGCGCUCGUCUCCGCAGCCUCGCAUACGCUUGCGCCGAUCUCUCUUUCUUACUGCUCCUGCGGACCUUGUCCCGUUCUCAUAAGACGUCGCUGCUCGUCGUCUGACUGAUAGGUUAUUGUAUCUUCUCACUUCUAGCUCACUGGACGCAACAGAUCGGACACUGCUUCCCUCAUUCUCCCUUCGGCACCUCACCAGCGAUACCCUGCAUUGAACCAUUACGAUGUGCCCGAUGCUUCUCAACGGCCUCUCCGAUGGCCCUGCCAUGGUCCUCUCCCCGACCCAACAACACGCCUUUGUUCAAUUCCCUCGUCACUUUGACUCGGCGCCGGGCACGAAUUCCGGCUCUCUGUUCGCGAAUGGCUUCAAGUCUCAUACCUCUCCCGGGGCGAGCCCGUCGACUAAGCUGGCCACGUCUGCCCCAAUUGCGGGAAAGCCGUCUCGCAAGAGGUCGCGCGACGAGGCCGCUUUUGAAGAAGCUAUGAACACUCCCAGCGCUCCCGUUCAGGCUGCACCCGCUCCUCCCCCGAAGGAGGAAGAACCUGUCUACGGAGAAGGCAUGGUUCUUCUGAACCCGCGUACAGGGAUGGCUCUGUCCGCAGAAAGCCAGACUGGCACGUGGUACGAAGAGGUUUCCGAGACCACCGCAACGGCAUCCGCCGGUUCUUCUCAACCUCAGGCAGCUGGCUCAUCCAGCCUCGCUGGCCGCAAAUCCCAGCGCCUCGACCCUUCUGCCCCUAGUUAUGACGACAUUGCGCUAUCCUCGAUGCAACGCUUACAAGAUGCAUCUGGAGAUGAUAACCGCCGCAACCUCAAUUCGAACCCAUUUACUUCUGGGGAACCCUUGGUCGAUGAUGCUACUCGCCUUCUCGGUAUCAGUUGGCAGCGCAUCGGUAUGGACGACAACGACAUGGCUGCUGCCGUGCGGGGGUGGAAGAAAUACAUCGACAGACAGUUUUCCAGCUAUCUUUCUGACUGCGAAAUCCUCAUGAAAAACCGAGCCUUGAAUGCCUACCUCGUCACCGCGCGGCCGGUUUCACCCUUCGGGCUUGCAUCUUCUCCCGCUUUCUAUCUAUUUAACGAUGACCUCACCCAGGGCCAACUCGUCAACUCUACCUGGGAGAACACCGUGCACAACCUGCGAUCCACCCCUAUCAUCUUUGAGGGGGCCCAGGUCUUGAAUGCCGCAUCUCGCCCCAUGACUCAAAACCAGGACAAUGUUCUUGGGUCCAAUCCCGCCGACGCAGGAUUGCCUCUAUUGCAAACCAUGAGCGCUCAGCCAGUCGGUGGCGGGUGCGCUGGAUUGAACAAUGGCGUGGGAAUGGGUACGGGGAUGGAGAUUGAUGCGUAAAAAAAAAGAAGAAAAACCAAAAGUCUGCUUGCUCAACUAACGACCCGAAAAAACGACAAGGAACGCCGACAGUCCAUCGAAUCAAAAUUCAACCCGACUAUAUCGUAUAUCGCGUCUACGUCUUAACCGCAUUUUUAUCGACGAAACCGAUUCGCAAUUGUCGCCUUAUUUCCGUCGUCGACCCGCCAACUCUCACCAUUCGUAAUUUUAUCGAGAUUCUGAUGUUUGUGACAAAUUUUUCUUUUUUCUUUUCUUGAUUUUUUGACUCUUCUUCCUUUUGA